UUACUUUCAACAGAAUGAAGUGCGUACAAACUCGCAAAAAUGUGUUGUGCCUAUUUCAGUUUCGGUGUUAAAAAUAAUAUGUUUUCCAUCACAAAUGAACAGGUCAGAGAGCUUGAAUGUUAAUUGAUUUCGAAUCAAAGCUGUCUCAGAGCAAGAAUUGAACAUUGGUGAUGAAGUGAUUUUACAAUUCUGUGAUUAGUGAGAGUGAAGAAGAAAAUGAUUGAAUUCGUUUAUUAGAAAAAUUUGGAAAAUGUUUACUGCUGAUAAUUUCAGAACUUUCGGCUUGAGCGUUUGACAUCAGUAAAAUGUACGAGUUUUCACGUUUUCAUUUUAUGUAAUUCACCACUACAAGAACCUGCAAUGUGCAUAUUAAUCCACGUGCAAAAAACAUAGAGAAUUCUCUACUUUUGAACCUGAUUCUGAUGCAUAAAAUUUAAAUACGAUUUUAGGGAGUAAUAAUUGUUUUCGAACGUCCUAAGGUUAAUGGUGCGCCUGUUCUUUUCGGCCUGUUGGUGUGUUGUGUAAGAAGGACUCAAUGGACAUUUUGCUGCGUGCAAUUUCUAUUUUAAAUACCUUGAACUUGCAUUGACCAGCUGCCAUGAUUGCGAAAUUGGGCAUCGUAUGGCUGACACUCUGUGCCAUAAAAGCGGCGAAACAAAAGGACGAAAAUCCACUUCUGGCUGUUUUAAAUUCUCCAUUCUAUGUGGACAAGACCCUUUUCAUCGAGGUUUUCCACGACACAUUCACUUCCCCCAUUUAUUUCACAGCACCCCGCGGGUUUGGCAAAACCACCAAUUUACGUAUGCUCAAAGCCUUCUACGAAAUAAACACUUCCGAAGACGGAACUAUCUUGAAGAAAGAAGAAACAGAAACUUAUAAAGCUCUCCAAAGGGCGAGGACCAUCGCCGCCACACGCGCCGGUAGAUCACCAAUGGACAAAUUCUUCAAUUCAUACUUCGGGAGCCAACCGGUUAUCUACCUUACUUUCAAAGAUAUCCACCACGACAGGUAUAAUAUCUCCAUGAACAGCCUAAAAUGGCUCAUGAUCCAUGCUUUUAAGGCUCACCCUUACUUAAACACUUCAGAGAAACUGACGCCAGAGGAAAAAACACUAAUUACACAAUUUUCCAACAACGAAUUGCACAACGAUACGGUCAUAGAGAACAGCGGUGGCAUCCUGGCCACACUACUAAGCAAGCAUUUUGAUAAACCGUGUCUUCUGCUCAUGGAUGAUUUUGACGCAUUGGCCAUCAAGAUGAUCACCUAUGGUUCAGGACACGAGGAACAAAUUAUAAACAGCGUUCAGAAGUUUUUGAACGCACUGCUUUCGGACAGAAAGAUAGUCAGCAGAGCUUUGCUGACUGGGAAAACGCACUUAGCCGGUUACUACACACCGGCUGGCUUAGUGAAACACUAUCAGUUUGGACUCCACGCGGUUUUAACGAAAUUUUACGGGGCGAGCGUAUCUGAGGCGCGGGAAAUAACCAAAAACCGCCAAGUUCUCUACAAACUAAAUUAUGACUACAAAGGAUUCACCUUGACAAAUACUAAUUACUCGAGAUGUAUUUACGACUUUGAGACGGUUGUCAAAUUCCUAGAAAAUCGUAACCACACUCGUGUUCUAGACUCGGUCAAAUUCCUAGAGCCUGUUCUUGCAGAUAAGGGGGUCAGAGAUAGGAUAGAGCUGGCUAUCCGGAUGGACCGAAUUCCGAUCACUUUGGCUAAAGAAACUGAUGUCAGGAAGUGUUUCGUCACCAUGGAGAAGAUUUACAAAUACGGUCAGGAUCUUGUAGACUACGAAAAUUAUAAGGACUAUAACGAUGCCUAUGGUAUGUUUCAAUCUAAACUUGACCUGCAGGAUUCUAAUAGGGACUGCCUUUUCCACUACCUAAAUGAACUGGGCUACUUCACCGUCACUAAGAGUGAUAAAGCCCACCUCACAUUGGUAAUACCGGACGCGGCUGCUUACUACACGCUAGGAGCGCAGUUGGAGAGGUUUUGGGUGGGCCACCUUCAUACAACCAACGUCACCGCCAGGGACUUCGUUGAGGCGUUCAUGGAGCUUUCCGACGAAAAAUCUACUUUGGAUGAUUUCGCAUACAGCGUGAACAUGGUGUUCAAAGAGUCUCCGCAUCGACCAAACUCAACGAAGGAUUUGCGGUCACCACUGUUUACCUUUUUGGCCACCAGGGUGCAGGAUCACCCUGAUUUGGAGAUCAAAUGCAGUGAAGACCAACACACCGGGCAAGUUGACAUCCAAGCGGUAAUGCAGCACAAAAACCCCUCCUGGCGCCAAGGAGUGGUUCUCGAUUUUAUGUAUAAUAAUUGCAAUGAAGCGGACUUUGCAAAACAUGCCAAGACGAAACGUUACUGGGGCAGAAUAUUCAAGACUGUCAAUAUUGAUACGGAUGUGCUGACAUCCCUGUUUGUCGGAAUAUGUCUCAGCGAUAAUGACGUUUUAGAAUUCAGGUUUUUUAACACCAAUAAAACACAUGAACAUACAUACAAUGUAUCGAGGAGGAUCAAGCAUGGAUGGAAGGCAAAGAAAAUGUUAGGAAAAAAUCACUAAAAAAAUUCGCAGAUAAAAUAGUAGAUAUUGCGUGUGUUGGAAAGAAUAGUGUUCAACUUUCUCAGA